AUGGGCCACACUUUAGGAAGUAAUGCAUCCGGAUUACCUGGUUUGGGAAUCAAGACCAACCCGGCACACUUCCAGACAGCUGGGAAUAUCCCUUUCCGAAGGCAAAGCGUGAAACACUCACUAAGUCUCUCCAGGAUCUCGCGCGGGGCACGCGACCGAUCGAAUUCCAUCGAGGCCAGGUGUCUUAUUGAAGCACUUCUUACGGUGUAUGGCUGCAUAAGUCUCCGCCAGAGUCACCGAAAACUCGCCCCUCCAUACACAGUCAAUACGAGGAUCGGAUCUUCGCAAACGACCCAGGACCAGUCUGUACGGCAUCCCCCAAGGGUCAGCAUCAACCGAUCUCACUAGGUCCCGCCACGAGUCGAUUUUGGCCUUACAAACGGCCCCACGCAAUCUGUCCCGAGCCGCACGAUAUUCCAGC